ACUCUCUCUGUCUCUCUCUCUCCUUUUUCCCUCACUCCGGGUUACACCCGCCGAGUCGGCGGUGCAGCGGCCGAGGCUCUCGCUCUGAGGAGCGACAUCCAGUCCCGCCCGGCCUUCUCCCCGCUUUGGGUGGCAGAAAAGUCAGAUGAAGUCCAAAGAACGAUAGUACUGUCUUGUAAAACCAGAAACUGUCCUAGUUCGCUUGCCUGGUGGUUUGGCAGAGCGUGAAGAUGUCCGUGGACAUGAACAGCCAAGGUUCUGACAGCAACGAGGAGGACUAUGAUCCAAACUGUGAUGAGGAAGAAGAUGAAGAUCCUGGGGACAUUGAGGGUUACUACGAAGGGGUUGCAAAUGACGUGGAGCAGCAGGGAGCAGAUUCCUUUGAUCCGGAGGAAUAUCAAUUUACCUGUCUGACUUACAAGGAGUCGGAGAGCACCCUGAACGAGCACAUGGUCCGCUUGGCUUCUGCGUUAAAGGUAUCUCAUGCAGUGGCUAAACUUGUAUUAGUUAGCUUCCAUUGGCAAAUCUCAGAAAUUUUAGAAAGGCACACAUCUAAUUCAGUUCAGUUGCUAGUGGAAGCAAGAGUUCAGCCUGCCUCAUUCAAACACGCCAUGGUACAUUCCUCCCAGCACUGUGCAGUUUGCAUGCAGUUGGUUCGAAAGGAAAACCUAUUAUCUCUAGCCUGUCAGCAUCAGUUUUGCCGCAGCUGUUGGGAGCAGCAUUGUACCGUACUUGUCAAAGAUGGAGUGGGAGUUGGUGUCUCCUGCAUGGCUCAGGAUUGUUUGCUUCGAACUCCAGAAGAUUUUGUGUUUCCACUGCUACCUAGUGAGGAGCUGAAAGAUAAAUACAGACGCUACCUCUUCAGGGACUACAUUGAGAGCCAUUUCCAGCUGCAGCUCUGUCCUGGCGCUGACUGUCCUAUGGUCAUACAAGUACAGGAGCCCAAAGCCCGCCGAGUGCAGUGCAAUCGCUGUAAUGAGGUUUUCUGUUUCAAAUGUCGGCAGAUGUACCACGCUCCUACAGAUUGUGCUACCAUCCGAAAAUGGCUCACUAAGUGUGCAGAUGACUCUGAAACAGCUAACUACAUCAGCGCUCACACUAAAGAUUGUCCCAAGUGCAAUAUCUGUAUUGAAAAGAAUGGUGGCUGCAAUCACAUGCAAUGUUCCAAAUGCAAGCACGACUUUUGCUGGAUGUGUCUAGGGGACUGGAAGACUCAUGGCAGCGAAUACUAUGAAUGCAGUCGGUACAAAGAGAAUCCUGAUAUUGUAAAUCAGAGUCAGCAAGCACAGGCCAGGGAGGCCCUCAAGAAGUACUUGUUCUAUUUUGAGAGGUGGGAAAACCACAACAAGAGUUUACAGCUGGAGGCGCAGACAUACCAGAGAAUUCAAGAAAAAAUCCAAGAAAGAGUCAUGAACAAUUUGGGAACGUGGAUAGAUUGGCAGUAUUUACAGAAUGCAGCAAAACUCCUAGCCAAGUGUCGUUAUACACUACAGUACACCUAUCCAUAUGCCUACUACAUGGAAUCUGGUCCGAGGAAGAAAUUGUUUGAAUACCAACAGGCUCAACUUGAAGCAGAGAUUGAAAAUCUCUCAUGGAAAGUGGAAAGAGCAGACAGUUAUGACAGAGGAGAUUUGGAGAAUCAGAUGCACAUUGCUGAGCAGAGGAGGCGGACUCUGCUGAAAGAUUUCCAUGACACAUAAGACCGCAGGAGCUACCAGGGCACAGAGCUGAGAGCAAAGUAGCAAGAUGGCGGUGCGAGCAACGAGGGAAGCAAUCAGAGGAACUGGCCACCGCCUUUCCAUAAAACAGGGCUGAGGACAUCACUGCACCUUCCCCUUGCAAACCAGACAUGAGCUAGCACCACCGCUUGGUCUUCUAUUUUUUCUUCUGUUUUCUGCUUUUUCAUUUUUGGCAGGUAGAGGUUGAAAUUCAGUUGGCAUUUUUUCCUGGGACAUGUUAUUCCCCAGUUCUUGGAUUGUUUUAGAGGGGAGUUUUAUUUCCCCCGCCCCCUCCUGAAUGGCUGUUAAUAGUAUUAGAUCAUUAUAAACUUCUGUAAUUUUUCGACAGUUGUACAGUGAUACAACAGUGGUUGAUACAAAGUGAACUCUAGAAUAACACAGACCCCUUUUUAAAAAUAAAUUGGGACUGGAGAGUGUUUCUUUUUUUUUUUUUUCUUCCAAUAAGCAGUUUGUAAACUUAAUGGCUUACUUCUCUUUCCCCAUCCCCAAAUUCACUUUGCCAUGAAGGUUAUGAAAUAGUCCAGCUGUUGGUUUGUUUUCCCCUUUUCUGGGCACUUUCUUGCUUGCUUGUCCUGGGAGUGCAUGAGAUGAACAGGGCCUGCGCCAAGCAGAAUCAGCAGUUGCCAAAGGACAGCAUAAUUGUUGAAAGGUUCCUCUUCUUCUUUGACCGGGUUGGAGCAAUAGGGCAAAGCUCAAGGCAGCAUGGGACAGUUCUAGUCCCAUCAACAUGAAGUUGAUCUCCUGCAUGGAUUUAUUGCUUUGUUUUGUUUCCCUGGACUGCUACCUACUGCCAGAUUUAAAAUACUUGGAGGAGUUCAGGGAGCAUAACCUUGCUUCUUGGCAGCAUUAAGAGUGAACAUUAGUUUUGUUUAGGGCAGUAGACACAACCAUGUUUGGGCCAUAACUUGCAUAUCUGUGCAGCUCAGUCCUGCGCAAUCUGAUUCUUUAGGUGGCUAUAAGGUGAUGCAUCAGAGUUGAUCUCUACUACCAUAACAAAAUCAGACUUUCCUACUAUACUGAGGAAAAGUUAAAUUUAUUAUUAAAACAAAAACAAAAAACACACACCAGCAUACAUCAGAUCCUGCUAAAUAGCCACCACUGUUUUCGAAACUGUUCUGCUGCUAGCUGAAAAGUAACCAGCAAAAAACAUUGGGAGGAGUCCAUAAUUACUGUUAAGAUUCAUAGGUGGUUGCUUACUGGCAGGGGUUUGUUAACUCUUGAAAUGUGUUUAAUGUCAACAGUUCACAUUAGAGGCAAGCUUUUAAAAUGUAUAAAAAUAGCUAUAUAAAAUACAUAUUUGGUUCUGCUGAUAAUCUGUCUAGAAAUGGAAGAUGGAGCUGCCGUUUCCUGAAGCUGCUCCAAGAGAUGUCUUGAAACAGGAAUUUCCUUGCAUCCAUGUUUACAAGAGCAUGUUGCACUGAGAUUUUCUAUGUGCAUUGCUUGUGACCUUUGGGAUUGGGAUUGGAAAGCUUUACAAGAAUCAUUAUUUUCUGUUUAUGACACCUAUUUUCCUAGCCUUUCGGUGAAAGUUAUUUUAUUAGCAUUUGAGAUUUUGUCCUAGCUUUUGGAGGUCAUCAACCAAGCCGUCAUCUUCCAUUCAGCUGCUGCUGCUGCCACUACUACCUCAGGCACUCCAAGGAAAAUGAUAAGCUUGUUUCCUAGACCCUAAGUCCUAAUAUGGCUUCUCUGUUCCCAGCUAACCUCAGAUUAAACCAGUGGGUGGAAGAAGUAAAAAGCUUGUUGGGGAUGCAGAGAAAGUGAUCUUUACCCAGAUUCACCCUUGCUCUUUCCCUUUGCCCAUUCCACUGGACCCUGGUAGCAUAUGUGGUAUGAUGACCUCAGCAGGUUUGCUCUUUUAAUCCAUAUCUUUGUCAAAAACAGAGAUCAUGCUUGUUUUUCUGGCUUAAAUGUUUUAAUUUCUCUGCAUGAAAACCACUGCUGGGCUUUGAAACUUAGAAGCAGGCAAAACCUUUUAUCAAAUGCAAAAUGUUCAGUGUGUAUGUCAGACACUGCUUACUACGAUAUCUGUUUGCGUUAAUUCUGUUCAGUGUUAGCACAAAAUUAUUGGCAUCUUAAUAGGGAAAACUGCUGGCUUCCUAACUUCCUCAGUAAUGCUGUCCUGAUCUUGCUUGCUUGCUUACACAAAGUUCAGAUUUUGAGGGAGGUGAGCGUCUUUUGAAACUUUAAAGUUCAGACUGAGCUGUUUCUGCUCAUGAAAUUAACUAAGAUAAAGCAUACAUGUUUCUUGUUCAGAAUUAUCCAAUGCAGAAGAGUGGUGUUACUUGCUGUAGCUGGCAAAUAUCUGCGAUUGAUUGAAUUUACAGUAGCACAAUCACGAUUGCGCAGGGGUGAAAUCUACUUACUUGCUCUACUGGUUCGGAAGUGCAUGCGCCACACGUCAUGUGCGUGCUUGGACCCGCUGCGCAUGCGCAAACUCUUCUACGCAUGCGCAGAGGGUAAAAAACAGGUUACUUCCUGGUUAAAACCAGGAAGUAACGACGACCAGGCAGGUGAGCAGAGCCUCGUGCUGCCGCCGCUACUGGUUCUCCAAACCACCUGCCGCUGUCGCUACCAGUUCGGCCGAACCAGUCUGAACCGGUAGCAUUUCACCCCUGGACUUGCGGUGGCAAAAUUUUCUCUGUCUGCGACGUUUGGCAUAUUGUUCAGAUGCUUAGAUCCAAUCUCACCUGGUGUACUAAGAUGUAGUAUACAAUUGUCACAUCACAUAAUGCAACAUAUUGAAGACGGGCUUCUGCUUGCUCAGGAGAAUAUUCUCACCUUUUGGUCUCUGUGUCAGCCCUCUGUGCCCUCCAGGGUUUGGGAAGAGAUGGCUGCACAGACAGGAGGAAUCUACUCAGCUGAUGGGUGACAAAUACAUGUAAUUGUUACCACACAGCUGCUCCUAAGUUUGGAAUCAAUAGAUUCAUCCCAGAGUUUAAACGUCAGUGGAUUCCCUACCUCUUUUUCUUAUCUUCCCUGUUCUAGAACAGCACAAUGAUUGGGUGCUAUCUAAAAGUUUUUAUCAUUGGCAGAAAACAGUCCUUCCUCUAGAAAUAUAUUCUCUUCACUCUGUAGCAUUUUUCAAAGUGAUCCUACGAUAAUAAUAAUAAUAAAAAAUAAAAACUUGUUAGAAAAUUUCACUUUGUGAUGGAACGGACUGUAACUAAAGGACAUCUAAGCCAAAGGGAAAGCACUACAUUUCCCUCACAGCAGGUUAACAUCCUAUACUAGGAGUUUUGGUCUUCCUCUUGUUCUAUCAGGCUUAGCCUAAGCCAACCUGGCAGCUAUUUUCAUCCUUCCCUCUGCAUGUUGAGAUUGUUGGCUUGGCUUACCCUUGAUCACAAUGUUUAUUUCACUUAGUUUGGUUUACUUUUUAAAAUUCCCUCUCACAACUUGCCUUCCUGCUUUCUAAAAGAGAGGUACAGAAAGCUAAGGCAAAUAACCACGUCCUGAUAGUAAACACCGAAGCACGUAGGUAGUAUCCAAUUCUCCUGUCCAGUAGAAUUCUGUACACGUCAAAAACUUUCAUACAGACAGCAGUAGAGGCUGUGCAGAUAAGGGAGAGAUUCUGUAACGUUUUAUGCUUGUACUCUUCUAGCAUUCAUUCUGUAGCAGUGAAAUCACAAUUUUCCUUUUAACACCUAACGCCAUGCUAGUGUUACAGAAAGAACUGAAGACUUUUUGUUACUGUACUGUCUUGAUCCAUUUAAACUUGUGUUUCUGUUUUUCAAAAUUCAACUUCACUUUAGUAACUUUUUGUAAAAACAAAACAAACUUCUUACGUGCUUGCUCAAGUCUGGACUGUUCCAAAUUUUCAGGUAGUAGCUUCUGCUAUGGAAGCUUUUUUUUUAUUACGCAGAGUGCUACAUUAUCAUGGCUGCCUUUGCUCUGUCCCUCACUGAGAUUUGGGGGAAAGCAAUCUCAAGAAACUGCCAACACUUUUCCGGCAUUAGGAGGGGAAGAGGGCAGAGGAGAAAGAGCCCUUUAAAUUUUCCCCUCCUGAAAUUGUUUUAUUUGAAAUAAAUUGUGAAUUUCUAAUUUUAA